GGCAGCCCUCGUCCCCCUCCGGCCAAACCGAGCACACCUUCAGCUUUCCCGUGUCCAGGCGCACCCCCGACAUCCUCGUGCUCGUGCUGUUUCGGUCUCAGCCGUCAAGUUCUUCUCCAACCAGUGGCUUCCGCCAUGGCUGGCCUCCCCGAGCUCCAUCUCGUUCGCUUCAAAAACUCGCGCGGCCCAGCUUCCCCAACAACACAACUGCAGCAGAGUGAUCUUGGGUUCAGAGAUGAUUCACUUUAUGCGUGAGAUCAUCCAAGUCAACAACAUCAGACGGGCCUCGGCCCAGUUCCCGGCGAAGGCUGUUGCUCCACGCGUCCAGCAGCUAGGUUUUCUCCGACGCAGCACCAGGCCAGAUCCGGCCCAGUACAGCGCAGCAUUUGCUUCUUCCCGGAUAGGAUCGCGAAGUGGUGUUGUGAGAUACGACGAGUUCUCCGACAAGUUCUUCUGCAGCUUUUCACAGGUACGAGAUGACGACGUUAGCAAGGUUACCCUUCCGGCUUGGCCUGGGCAGGGUUAUGGACGCCACUGGUUAUCUUCAGGACUCUUAGUCCAAUUUGUAUCUUGUCCGUACUCGGAUGUAUUUGAUCUUCUGUAUGAUUUGGAUCUUUGUAUAUAUCUAUUUGUAUCUUGACUCGUUGGAGUUGUUGUUGUAAUAUAUGUAUCUUGUGGGCUCUA